AUGAAUAACAACUUUGAGUUUAUAAGUGUUAUUGAAGCAUGUGGUUUGUUGGACCUGGAGUAUAGUGGUCAACACUUCACCUGGUGCAAUCAAAGAGAUGAGAAAGCUAGGGUAUGGAAGAGAUUGGAUAGAGCAUUAGUCAAUGACAAAUGGCUUGCUAGAAUGCCUCAAACUACCAUAACUCACCUCCCAUCAGUUGGUUCUGAUCAUAAUCCUUUACUGAUGGAGAUGAUUAUAAGAGAGGAGAAUAAGAAAAUAUAUUUCAAGUUUCUCCACUAUUGGAUAGAUAACAAGAAUUUUAUGAAUAUGUUAGAGAAUGUUGGAAUAGAGGACUAUCUGGGAUCCCAUGUGGGUGCUUCAUCAGAAAAUGAAGAGGUUAUCUGCUACUCUCAUCAAUUGGUCCAGGAAAGAAUAUGGGGACAUCUUUUCUAA